AUGGAUACAAGUCUCACAGACCAACUGGACAACGUGCUUGCAUGUAUGGAAGAAAAUUUUCUCACUCCAGCAGACUUCAUCAACCACAUUCUCAGAAGCACAGAACACGAGAGUGCAAGAAACUCGCUAACAACGAAGGCAGUUAGAAUAUGUGGUGCCCUGUACAGAGAAGAACAUGCGUACUUACAUGUAACACAGUGGGCAAUAACAAUCGUGCGGGACAUGCUGCGCACUGAGGUGACAGAUUUGUCACUCGAAAAGCACGGACUUCGUUUCAAAGCCACGUCUGCAACUGUCGAACAACUGGAGAGCGCAUUCAUGCAUCAGCUCGCAGGAAAAAUGCAGGAGCGGCGAGCUAUUGGUGGGAAUGUGAAGGUGGGCAAUGAGGACAUGGAUAUUUAUGUUGAAGAGAGGGACCUUGGAGAAUUUGGAGGUGACGACAUUGGAGGAAUGAUGCGCGAAGAAGACGACGUGAAUGAAGAAGCUGAUGACGAGCAAUCAGGAAAAUGUCGUGCAGCUGAAAGAAACGCUGCGCUGUUAGUCAUUAGAACUGUUGUAAUGAUUAGCAUAUGCCUUCAGACGUCAAAUUCACAGUGCAACCUACUACAAGGAUGGCUGGGGUUCUUCAUGAGGUCAGCGUGUGUCCCCGAGAAAGUUGUCAAAGUGUUCGCCCAUGCGGGUUUGUCAAUUAGCUUGACGUCGAUACACAAUGCUGUCUCGUCAAUAUCUAGAGAGAUUAGCAGCAAAAUAAAGCGCGAGGUUAGGACAUUACAAGCUGGAUUCGCAUACGACAAUUUCGACAUACAAUUCAAAGCUGCCCAGCCUACGCUGGAACAUCGAGGGUCCUUCGUGAGCGCGACGUCAGCAACCGUCAUUCCUCUAUAUGGCAUCAACAACGAUAAUGUCGAUGCUCUAUGA